AUGCCUUGCCUGCUUCAUGUCCAAGACAUUUCUGGCAAAGAGGUGGCCACCUUUAACGAGGCCGAAGUUCACCUCAUGGCAGGGGCAACUGGUGGUUUGGUGAAGACACUGAAGCUUCACGGACACCCAACGACAGACUGGGCGAGCGGCCUCAAGCAAUCGAUCUGUGAGAAGGAACCAGGUUUCCAUGGGGCACUCGAACUGCCACUCAAGCCUCCGCUGAACGUUGCGGCCUUCUGCCGCGGACUGAACCAGGUGGGGGACACGGACGGUUCUUCGGCCGAGGACACCGACCAAGACGUGGAAGUCAGCCUGCUCGAGCACGUUGCGGACUCCGCGCAGGGGUUCAGUGCCCGCACUGCUGCAGAGGGUCCUCCGUUGCCGAGCGACCUCAGCGCGGCUGAGACGACCGAGCUCCUGCGAAUCGCCGCCAAGGAGGGCUUCGUGGAGGCAGCGCGCGCCCUGCUCGAGGCAGGCGCAGAGGCGGGCGCGGCCGCCCGCGAUGGCUUCACCCCGCUGGCUUUGGCAGCCUUGGGUGGUCACCAGGAGAUGGUACGCCUGUUGGUGAAGGCCGGGGUGGACACGGAGGCAGAGGCAGAUGGCGCCACCGCACUUUUCUUGGCAGCCCAGGAGGGGCACCUCGAGGUGGCCCGGGUGCUGCUUGAAGCGGGUGCCUGGGUAAGGGUUUAG